UUCCCAUUAGCUGUUGACGAUUAUCAAAUUUUCAAAUCUCCCUUCACCAGAUACAACGACGGUGAUUACUACCCAGAUGGCAUGCCCCGGCAGCAGUUGCAGCAGCAGAUGAAUGGCCCAGGUUCCCCACGGUACUCGAGUGGCCACGGUGGCCUAGGCAGGGAUCGGUUCCGUGACAGAGUUACCAUUGACAGGGAGCGUGGAGGCCCACCCGGCGCUGGAGGUUAUCAAGAUCAGGGGGGCGACCGUUACGGCGACGACGAAUACAUUUCCACACCGCAGCAGAUGAAGCGACAGAUGCGUGGCGAAUCGAUGGGACGAGAACUGGCAGGGCAAAUGGGGCCGCCACCGCGGGGUUCCCAAAACUCACGAAAUUCCGACGGUAAUUACCCGCCGGUGGCCUACAGAAACAAUAUGCAAAAGUCGCCAGCAAUGCGCGCUCAGUCCCUGGACCGUCGCAUGUUCCGCCGGGAUCCCCAGAUGGUGGACUUUGACGAGGAGGGCGGUCCAGGCGGCAAAACGCCAAUUCUGUGCAAUAAGUACGCCCUGGAGGACAUGGACGAGCAGCAGCAGCAGCAGCGGGGCAGUCCACGUGGCCGGGGAGGACCGGGCGGGGACGGGUUUCACGAUGGCCGCGGUCCGAUGAACCCACGCAGCCAGUCGAUGCCGCGGCAGUCCCGGUACGGUGACCGUCUGAUGCCGGACCGGUUGCCCUACUACAACGAGGACAACGAGAUGAUGGAGAUGAACGCGGCGGCGCGGAAGCCCUCGCACCCGUCCACGGGCCGGCGCCGGGAGAGGCCGGUGCCAGCACCAUCGCCACGCAUAAUGUCGCCGAUGGGAUUUGCGGUCCACCGACAGGCGCGUCAUCUCCAGAACGUGAUCGACGACAGCUCGCUCUACGAUGACGAGUGGGACAGCGGGGACCUGCCCCCGUCUUCCGUGGUCCGACCCGUGCCGAUCUGGCUGUGCGUCUUCCUCGUCGUCAGCUACAUCAUUGCCGGUGCGUUCAUGUUCUCCAAGUGGGAGGAAUGGUCCUUCCUCGACUCGGCCUAUUUCUGUUUCAUCACGCUAACCACCAUCGGUUUCGGCGAUUUCGUCCCAGCGCAGGGAGUGAAAAACGAUUCGGAAAUUUCCAUCGCAUUGUGCUCGCUGUACUUACUGUUCGGGAUCGCGCUGCUGGCGAUGAGCUUCAAUCUGGUGCAGGAGGAAGUCAUAUCCAAUUUAACCUCUACUCCCCUCCUUCUCUUCUACAUCCUUCUUCUUUACAAACUUCCUAAAUAUUUCUUUCCUUCCUCUUUAGUAUUACCUCCACCACCAUCCUAUAUUCCCCAUAACACCUAA